CUCAUUGCAGUUACAGAACGUACCAAAUGAAAGCAAACAAAAAAAGCGAUAAACGAACCACCCACUGAUGCCAACACCUUCGGUGCCUGUGGGUCCCAUUUUAUCUCUCUUUCUUAAUCUCCACUUUCCAUUCCUCACACUUCCCUCACCGACGCACACACAUUCACAAUCCUUCCAAUUCAACUCCAACCCCAACCCACUCCACCGCCAUGACGACGGCGCCUCCACCAACGCCGCCGCCACUCGAACUCAAAACCUACUGGUGCCACGAAUGCGACAUGAGCGUCUCUCUCACUUCCUCCCCCUCUCCCUCUCCUCUCCUCUGCCCUCAAUGUCACACCCAUUUCCUCGAACUCAUGGACUCCCCUUUCUCCCAAAACGACGCCGAUUCGUUUCUCCCUUCUUCCUCCCUCUUCGACGUCGUUUUCCAAGACGCGCUUUUACUACUCGCACCUCCUCCCUCUAAAACCCGCACAGAAACAAUCAUUCCUAUAAUAACCGUUACGCAAACUCUUCUUUCCUUACUCGAUCCAAACGGCGUCGUUUUAUGCGCGGUUUGUAAGGAUUCUAUUUCCGUUGACGAAGAAGCGAAACAGCUUCCUUGUGAUCAUCUUUACCACUCCGAUUGUAUUACUCCAUGGCUUCGUCUUCGAUCUUCUUGUCCUCUCUGUCGAUUCAGAAUCUCAGAGGAUGAAGAUGAAGAUGAAAAUGAUGAGGAAGAUGUUAAUGGUGCUGAUAUGAUGAGGGAGAUGAUGGCGCGGAUGUCGGAGUUGUCGGAGGAUGAUUUCUAUGGCCUGAGAAUGACUCUCAAUUACAUUGCUUCCCGGCAUGAACUUCUUCAUUCUAAUGCUUCUGGCGGCGGUGAUAAUCAUGAUGCGAGUAGUGAAGUUGGUGGAGAUGUAGAUGGAGGAUCUUGAUGCUGGAAUUCUUUGAGCUGUGCAGGGACAUCAGGUGUAGGGGCUAAGCACCUUUGGGUUAGUGGCUUAAGAAGAAUUUCAUAGGAAACAAAGACGAGGAUGAAAGGAAAAUAUUGAAGCAUGGGGUUGACUAGUUUUUCAUGAAUAUAUUUGUAGUGUUAUCAGCAGCUUGCAUAUAUAUAAAUGUAAAAACUUUUUGUUAUCAUCAUUUUGUAUUGGAUCAUAUGCAUUUCAUUCGUUCAAGCCAAAACGAUAAGAGUGUUCGGUGAUUUAUUGCUUGAUUCAAGAUUGUCAAAACUGAACUCUUGCUAUGUUGUAUUUUUGCCUUAAAAAUGACUAGAUUUUAUGUUUAAUUGUUAGGUGGAAACAUUGAGCCUUACUUCAUUUUGUUGAAAUAUUAAUUUGGUUGGAGAAGGGUAGGACACCACAACCAAUUUUAUUAGAUAUAGUAAUAGAAUGCAAUAUGCAUUAGUCUAUUCUGUGUCAUUAGUUAUGUUAUAUAACUAGUUAUUUGGUUGGGCCAUUAUGGCUAUUUAAUAUUUGAUGCAGAGUAGUUAGUACGAAUGUCUUAUAUGGAAUAAUGUGACUACUCCACUAGUGUCACUUUUACUAGUCAUCCAUAUUCUAUUCUUUAAAAAGCCCUUCUUUUA